UUUAAAAAAACCGUUUAAAACUCCGAACCCUGCUUUUCUAUAUCAUUAGUUGCGGAACGUUUCGCCUCGGUCGUCCCAUCGUGCCAAAAUCUCGUUUUAUCAUCACGUAUCAAGGUUAGGUUAUUAUCUAGUCGUUUUGAAUUGUUUGAAAAUAUUAAUAAAUUUUACAUUUUCACGGUGUUCGGGUGAAAAUGACAUACAAAAUCAAAAUUAACGCUAUUUAGAACAAGGCGAAUCCGCGUGCGAUUGUAAAUAUUUCAGAGGUAUUGUCUGUUAGUUUCACAGACUUGAACCAUGUUCUUGACCAGAUGGCAAAAACGUUUGUACUCCAAGAAGUUGAGCUGUGUGUCGUCAAGUCUGACCAAUUGCGACUGUACUCGAACACAUUCUACAAUAACUCAUGAAUCUGUGCUUCCUACUCAAGCGCAGGUCGUGAUAUGUGGUACAGGAGUUGUAGCUAAUUCAUUGGCUUACCAUUUGGUUGAAAAUGGUUGGUCAGAUAUUGUUCUUAUUGACCAGGGAAAGCCAUGUGGAGGAACAUCCCAUUUUGGUUCUGGAACUCUUAGUCUAUUUAAACCAAUUGCUGAACGCAACAUCAUCAUGUAUAGUAUUAAAUUAUAUAGGCAAUUAGAAGCCAAAGGCUAUGAUAUAGGUUUAAGACAGUGUGGUAGUUUAAAUUUAGCUCAGACUAAAGAUAGAAUGAUUGCACUAAAACGAAGAAUUGCCUAUAAUUCACCUACUGGAUUACAUUGUGAGAUGCUGGGAAAAAAUGAAUUGAAAAGAUUACAUCCAUUUUUAAAUACUGAUGAUCUGGAGGGUGGUGUUUGGGUACCUGAAGAUGGUGUUGCAAACCCACAAGCUAUAUGUAAAUCAUUAGCUAAAUUAGCUUCUGAAGGUGGUGCUCAUUAUGUUAUUAAUUGCCAUAUAAAUAAAGUUGUCACUGAAGAAAAUCGAAUUAAGGGUGUCCAUACUAGCCGUGGGUUCAUUAAUUGUGAAUAUUUUGUAAAUUGUGCUGGAAUGUGGGCUAGAGAAGUUGGAAAUUUGUGCUCUCCUAAAGUCAGAGUACCUGUAUAUCCUGCAGAACACUUUUAUGUUACAACUAGUCCUUUGCCUGGAAUCGGCGUUGACUUACCAUGUAUUAGAGAUUUUGAUUCUCAUAUUUAUGCCAGGGAAUAUAAUUCUGGGUUUCUAGUUGGUGGAUUUGAAAAAAUUGCCAAACCUGCUUUUCUUAAUAUGAAAAUAAUACCACCUGAUUGGAAAAAAGAUAUGCCUAUAGAUUGGAAACAUUUUAUGCCAUAUUGGGAAAAAGCUAUGUCUCGAAUUCCGAUUCUUAAAGAUGCUGUUUAUCCAUCAUUAAGUAAUUCUCCUGAUACAUUUACACCAAAUGGCAAGUGGAUUUUAGGAGAAACACCAGAAAUUGAUAAUUACUUUGUAGCUGUUGGGAUGAAUGGAAAUCCCCUACAAGGAGCAGGAGGAAUAGGAAAAGCAAUGGCUGAAUGGAUUAUAGAGGGAAAACCUACUCAAGAACAUCUUGCUUUUGAUGUACAACGUUUUUUAGAUCUUCAUAAUAAUAGAAUGUACUUACAAGAGCGUACAAAGGAAAUUGUUGGCAGGAACUAUGCAAUACCAUAUCCUCAUCAAAAUGAAUAUAAUAAUGCUAGAAAGUUAAGGUGUUCUCCAUUAUUCAGUGUUUUAGAAAAAAGGGGAGCAGUUUUUGGUACUCGAAUGGGAUAUGAAAGACCACUGUAUUUUGAUACUACGUACAAUGGAAAAGGACCACCUCCAGGAAUGCCUCCAGGUACAUUUUAUAAACCAAAGUUCUUUGAUUUUAUGUUGGAAGAAUAUUAUGCAUGCAGAGAAUCUGUUGGUAUUAUAGAUAUGUCAUCAUUUUCUAAAAUGCAAAUCCAGUCUCAGUGUAAUGGUGUUGUCGAAUGGUUACAAUGUUUGUGCACCAAUGACGUAAAUAUUCCAGUUGGCGGAAUCGUACAUACAGGAAUGUUGAACGAAAGAGGUGGUUAUGAAAAUGAUUGCCUUUUAGUGCGCGAAAGAGAAAAUUGUUAUUUAAUGGUAUCUCCAACCAGUCAACAAACUAGAGUAUUAGAUUGGCUUAAAGACCAUUUGCCAAAAGAUGAAUCAAUUCAACUGGCUGACAUAACAUCGAUGUAUACUGUUGUUAACGUUAUUGGCCCUAAGGCAGGUGCUUUAAUAUCAGAACUAUCACAAACUGAUGGUGAGAUUAAUUUACAAUCUUUUACAUACAAGACUGUUAACAUUGGUUAUGCUUCCGAUGUUAUAAUGAUGGCUUUCACCCAUACGGGUGAACCAGGAUUUUGCCUGUACAUACCAUCUGAAUAUGCAUUGCAUGUAUACGAUCGGCUAAUUACUGUAGGAUUUGAUUAUGGAAUAAGAGAUGUUGGUAGUUUAACACAACGUUGCAUGAGAAUUGAAAAGUUUAUACCAUUUUGGGCAGAAGAAUUAACAAGAGAUACCACUCCAUUUGAAGCUGGUUGCAAUCAUGUAGUGAAACUUGAUAAAGAAUAUUUUAAUGGAAAAUUUGCUCUACAACGCCAAAAAGAUCAAGGAAUCACCAAAAAGUUAGUUAUGUUCAUCAUAGAUGACUUAGAUGCCGAUAAGGAUAUAUGGGCAUGGGGAUUAGAACCUAUCUAUAGAAAUGGAAAGUUUGUGGGAACUGUUACAUCAGCUGGCUAUGGCUUCACAAUGGAAAAAUUGGUAUGCCUGGCAUAUAUUCGACGACCAUUUACAGAUAAUCGCAAUAGAAGUCAUAUGGUUAUCACAAAUGAUUAUAUAUUAUCGCCAACAGCAAAAUAUGAAAUUGACAUAGCUGGAACAAGAUUUUCGGUCACUCCAAAAAUACAUACACCAUAUGUUAAUCUAACUAUGCAGAAAGUUUCAGAUGAAUCUCAUUAUGUGCCAAAAGUGAUUUCACAGAUACCUAGUAACUAAUUUAUCAAAUGUUUUAAUUUGAGAGAAAUGUAUACAAAAAUAUGAUCUACCAAUAUAUUAUAAUUAGUA